AAGAAAUUCAGCGGCGAAAAUUUCACGAUUAUUUUGAAAUCCAUUGGCUCUGGCGCCAGCUGGGCAGAUGUGGGCGAUAUACAUGUAAUCUGGAGUGAGAAAAUCUGAUUUGUGCCCAAACGACUUGUUUUCCCUGUUUGAGGGCCCAGUUACUUCAAGCAAUACUCGUCAGGUAGAUCAAAAUGAUCCGAGUGUGGGCUUCAUUUCUGUUAAAGCAAACCAGUCAGCGACAUGUCACGUAUCAGCUUUGUGCCAGUUUCACCAGGCUGGCUGAGGUCGGAAAGCUGGUGGCUCCUCGACCUUCGGGCAAGUAUGACACCGGGCAGCUGUUCCUGCACAGGGUGUUCGGAUACCGGGGCGUUAUACUGUUCCCAUGGCAGGCACGUGUGUACGACAGGGACACAAACAAAGUGGAGGACACUCCUGCCAGCGCGGAGCUGGAGGCCCCGGCCCUGAAUCCGGCCGGGAAGGAUGUCAAGAGCAACACGCACACGUACUACCAGGCGCUGAUCGACUCCCGGGACUGUCCGUUUGUGAGGGCGCAGACCGAGUCGGUCACCUUCCUAGGCAGCCACGAGAACAGCAGGUCCCUGUACGCCAUCCCGGGACUAGACUACGUGGCCCACGACGACAUCAUGCCGUACUCGACCACCGAGCGCACCCCGCUCUUCCACGAGCUGUUUGACAAGUUCCUCGAGUAUGAGCCAGACAGAGAGCCGCCGUUCGCCGCGCGCGAGACGCUGCGCGCCUGGCAGGAGAAGAACCACCCGUGGCUGGAGCUGUCGGACGUGCACCGCGAGACGACCGAGAGUGUGCGCGUCACCGUCAUCCCCUUCUACAUGGGCUGCCGCGAGUCGCAGAACAGCGCCGUCCACUGGUGGCGCUACUGCAUCCGGCUGGAGAACCUGGGCCAGCAGACGGUUCAGCUGCGCGAGCGCAACUGGCGCAUCUUCUCGCUGUCGGGCACGCUGGAGACCGUGCGCGGUCGCGGCGUGGUCGGCCAGGAGCCGGUGCUCUCGCGCCACCAGCCGGCCUUCCAGUACAGCAGCCACGUCAGCCUGCAGGCGCCCUCCGGACACAUGUGGGGCACGUUCCGGAUGACGCGGCAGGAUGGCUACUCGUUCGAUUGCCGGAUACCGCCCUUCUCGCUGGAGAGCAAGCAUGACGACGGCGAUGGCUCGGCGUCCGCCUAGCGGCCUCUAGGGGUCCGGUGACGUCACCGGAGCCGGUCGGUAAAGCGGAACGGCGUGUGGAGUGCCUAGCGCGCCCCUGCGAUUGACGUCAUCGGAGGGGUGCAAAGCCGGUCGGGAGAGCUGGACGGCGUGUGCUGCCCUCCGGUGACGUCACUUA